GUCUCCCGAUAUCAGGGUGAAAACUUAGAAGGAACGCAGGGAAAAUGGGGAGAGCCCCUUGCUGCUCCAAGGUGGGAUUGCACAAAGGGCCAUGGACUGAAAGAGAAGAUGAAUUGCUCACAAACUAUAUCCAAUGUCAUGGAGAAGGAAACUGGAGGCAUCUCCCCCAAAAAGCCGGUCUUCUUAGAUGCGGAAAGAGCUGCAGACUGAGAUGGAUGAACUAUCUGAGACCCGAUAUCAAGCGUGGCAACAUCGGACCAGAAGAAGAAGAUCUCAUUAUACGACUUCAUUCAUUGCUCGGCAACAGAUGGUCUUUGAUAGCUGGAAGACUCCCUGGUCGAACCGAUAACGAAAUCAAAAACUAUUGGAAUAGCCAUCUCAGUAAGAGGCUCAGAGAGCAAGGAAUCGAGGUUAGGGAAGGGACCUCCAAAGAUGCAUCACAACGAGCCCGGGCAACACAAAAAAAGAAAGAAAACACUAAUAACAAAAGUAGUAGCCAUAACAGAAAGAAUCGACAAGACAAGAGAAAAAAGAACAAUGGAGUGGAAGGCACUGGAGAGAUUAUUAGGACCAAGAUCUAUGCUCCAAAACCCACAAGGCUCACACCAACCUUGAGCAACUAUAAUGCGAUGGAGAGUAGCAGUGGGUCAGACAUUCCUCAGAUGGAUAAUACUACAUCGGGGGAAGAGAAAGGAGACACUGUCAUGGAGGAUUUUGAAGUGAAUUGGUCUGACAUCAACGAAGGUGGCUUUUUCUUUGGAGAAGAUGAUCCGAACCAUGUUCUAGCUUGGGAUUUCCCCUCGAAGGAUAGACUACUUGAAAGUCUGUACCAAGAGUACUCUGAGCUCUUGAACCCGGAGGGGUAUCAGGUUCAGCUGAAUGCUUUUCCUCAGACCUUCCUGCUAUGAUGACUAGAUGAGAGAGAGCAGAGAAGGAUCACUGCGAAGGAGAGCGACGUCACCAUUUGAAGUCCUCCGAUGUGCUCAUCAUCAAUUCCUUCUCUAUGUAAAGUAAAAUUGCCAGCCAAUAAAUAUCCAUCACCUUAUGUAAUUCUGUGGACUCCAACCUACUUCGUAGAGUCAACAUCUUGUAACUAUAUAUGACUUUAUUUCUUAAUUCCAUCGAUAUAUAUAUAUAUAUUGAUGGAUUGAAUGAUUUUAGUCCGUCGA